AUGAGUGCGCAUUCAACCGUGACGCUGCGUACAGGUUUGUUAAGCAGGCCUCAAGUGCCUGCAGCCGAAAUCCAAAUCAUCGGACGUUCUACGCUGUCCAAAUGCAGCCGCUGCUUCUGCGCACUCGUAAGCGGGAGAAACCGGCACCCACUACCACGCAGCGCAUGUCGGCUUGGUACGCAGCGUGGUGAGACAGUACGGAAAGUAAUGCAGAGUAAGAAUGAUUCUAAACUGCAGUGGUUCAUAUUUAACGUCGCUGGGAAAACAAAGGCUGUCGCGCGGACAGCGGGCAAAGCGAGGAGACACGAGGCCUUCAAAUACUGCAACGAAUGCGCCAUCUUACCAAGUCGCGCCUUCACUCUCGCUUCAUUUCUUCGUCAAACGCACAAGUGCCAGGGUCCCAUCGAAUUGGAGACACCGUUCAACCACGUACGCCUUCGGAUCACUACCAGCGGGUUUGCUUUCUUCUUCCGCAAGUGCUUCCCUUAUGCGCGGAGAGUUAGGAGACAACCACGCCGAAUCAUCCAACGGCCGCCAAGAAGGCUGAGCUGGCGGAGCGGCACGUCGACACCAGGCUUGCUCCCAGUAGGAAUCGCGUGUAUGGUUGCUUCCGAGCGCCCGCAAGCCGUCACAUGCGCGAUUGGCGCAUCCGUAUGCGACGUCGUCACAGAAAACACGCAGCACUGGAGCCGAUGCGCACUGGGCCCAGAAGGGGGCGCUGUGACCUGCAGACAUCGACAGGCCUGUGCUGAAGGCACUUGGCUUGGUUCACGUGCGAGUCCUGAACGAGAACACGCAAGCUGUAAGUUGGAGAGCUGGCCCCGUUUCGCUGUAAUGUACGCGGACAAGUGGGUAAUCACCCGCCUUCUCGUUGCUUGGUCUGACGUGGGGAGCGUCUCCUCUUCCGCGGUGCUCCAAGCGGAACGGCGGUUGCGGACCCACCACAGCGGCUCUGGGCUUCUGGCCGGAUCCACGGGGCAAAGAGAAACCCGACUGCAGCAGACAAGCUGCGGCUAA